ACAGCAGAGCGCGCGUGUGAUUUGACAGUCGCAUCUCUCCGUGUGUCCGCGAGCGCGCGCGCGUGUGUAUGUUUACGAUCGUCGUGCUCCACGUGCGGCGUGUGGAUGCGCUCCUCGCGCGCUGUCGGUAACAGAAACCAUGACCGGCGCGCCGCGCGACCCCUUUUACUCCUCUCCGUUCGGUCCGUUUUACCGGAGACACGCGCCAUACCCGGUGCAGCCAGAGUACCGGAUGCACGAGCUCAACAAACGGCUCCAGUCCCGGCCUGAGGACUGUGAUAUUCUGUGGUGGGAUGCUUUCUGCACCGAGUUCUUUGAGGAAGAUGCCACGCUCACACUCUCGUUCUGCCUCGAGGAGGGACCCAAGACGUACACCAUCGGGCGCACCCUGAUCCCUCGUUACUUCAGUUCGCUCUUCGAAGGAGGAGUCUAUGAGUUGUUUUUUGAGCUGAAACAAACAAAGGAGUCGUUCAACAACUCAACUAUUACCGUCGACUCUCAUCACUGUACUAUGACAACACAACAUGGCAAACCUACAUUCACUAAGGUGUGUACAGAAGGUCGACUGAUUCUUGUGUUCACCUUUGAUGACCUGAUGAGAAUCAAAACAUGGCACUUCACCAUUACGCAUUACAGUGAACUCAUUCCUCGCAGUGUCUUGGCUGUUAAUGCACAAGACCCUGGAGCUGUGGAACAACUGUCCAAAAACAUCAGUCGAGUGGGACUCACCAACCUCACGCUCAACUACCUCAGAUUGUGUGUGAUUCUAGAGCCCAUGCAGGAGCUCAUGUCAAGGCAUAAGACAUAUGGACUGAGUCCCCGAGACUGCCUGAAGACCUGCCUGUUUCACCAGUGGCAGAGGAUGACCACGCCACCAGUUGGACCCUCACCCAACUUCAAGACAGAAAUAUUUCCUUCUAAUCCCAAAAAAUCAGAGCAAGCCAAACCACCAGCAAAAAGACGGAGGAGGAGGAACUCAGCCGGCAGUGCAUCCAAUAGCAGCACAGGAAACAGCAAGAAGCGCAGCCCAGCCAAUAAUUUCAGCCUACCCUCACAGGAUGUGAUGGUGGUAGGGGAGCCCUCUCUAAUGGGAGGGGAGUUGGGUGACGUGGACGAGCGUUUGAUCACACGCCUAGAGAACGAACAAUAUGACCCUGUCAACGGUCUCCAUGACGACGGUCUCCAUGACUACACCAACUCACCCACACUCGGAAACGGUGGCUCCUGGAACGGUCAGCACCCUAGCAACCAGGACAGUAAGCCUGAUACCAUGGCAACGCAGCAGCUGGAGUAAUGUGAUCUGACAGUGGGUUGCUAUGGCAACGGUUCUGCCAAGGGAUGGGGGUAUUUUCAACUGUAGAGGAAAAGCUGCUGGAGAGAAGGUGUGUGUGUGAGUGUGUGUGAGUGUGCAUGCUUGCGUUUAUGUUGGUGUGACAUGUUUUUCCAUACUUGAGACAUACAGCUUCAACCAUUUACAACCCAAAUUCUGAAAAGGUGAUCGAUUUUGUCAAAUGCAGUGAAAUGGAGAAACUGACUUGUUCAUUCUUUUUAACCUGAAAAGAUUUCCUCAAUGUUUUCUCUGACAAAUGUAAACGUAUUUUGUUGAUAUAUAGCAAAAUUUGAUUUUAAUGGCUGCAAAAAUGUUGGCAAAAUAUUAGAGAAAAGGUUAUAGCAUACGCAAAUGAACAGUCAAUGAUAAACUAGAGACCUGUUAAUUCAUGAUGGUUUAUGUUUGGGUAUAGACCGUUUUGAGAGAUGUAAACAAAAACAAGGGUCCCAACGUAUUUACUGUUCUACAGUUUUAAUUUCUAGAGCUUCUGAGAGUCCAAAGAAAGCCACAUAUUGAUAAACAAUGUUAUGAUAGCUGCUUUAACAUUAAGUUAUAAUUGAACUGCCUCUUGUUACAGUUAUGAAAGAGUUUGAUCACAAGCAGGAUAUGUUCAUGAGCCAAUGACAUCACCAAAAAAUCCCAUUCAAUUACAUUCACUUAGUAAAAGCACCGUCGCUUAACACAGUCUGCCACUGCAUCAAGACAUCCUUAAAGAAAUGUACGUAAAUCUUUGUUAUUCAAAGUGAAAGCUAUUGGUCAGUUCUGUGCUGUGUUCUGCAGGCCAGAGCUCGUAUAUAUACAUGGGCAGGUAUAAGAUACUGAGGGUAUGAUAACCUUGGAUAAAAAUAUCACAGUGUUUGACGGUAUUGUGAUUACUGCUCUGAAAUAUAUUCUUUUUAAAUGUCUAGGUAAAGAUAUUUUGGAGCAGCAUUUCAGGCUAAAUAAUUCAAAUGAAUCAUUAGCCCCUUUCACACAUACAGACCUUUCCGGAAAAUCACUGGCAAUUUUCCGGAAAGGGAUUAUGUGUGAACAGGCCCUUUUUAAAAAUACCGGGAAUUUUUUUCUAGGAAUUUCCUGGAAAGAGAAGUUGUAACAUUGCCAGAAUGCUGUGCUGUGUGAACGCAGAAGAAAGAUUGCCGGAAAGAGCACGGUCAUGAUUAGAACGCACUGACGUGAGACGCUUACUCCAGCCAAUCAGAACAUUUAUACGCAUUCCCGUCUGCGCUGUUUAUGAAAAUAAAAGCCAGAUAACGUUUCAAUGGUCUUUCUUAAUGCCAACUGUGGAAAAGAUUAUCGAUAAAAGUCUUAUAAGCCGCUGUUUGUUUACCUUCAAGCUCUGCUUCAGUUGCUUGAUGCGUGUGCACGUGAAGCAGGCGGUGAGCGCCAGCACACACACAUAUUAUGCACCAUCAACCAUCAACAAAAGCCCGACCCCUUCUCUGUUUACAAAUACAAGCGCAGCCGUUUAGAGCUCAUUUCUGGUUGAUGAUGUCAGAAUUUACCGGUAUUUUGGUACGGAUAUGUGAAUGGUCUUUUUCAGAAAAAUUCCAGAGCAUUUUUGCCCAUGUGAAUAGCAUUUUUUAAAAUUUACCGGCAAUGUUGUUCCGGUAAUUUUCCGGAAUUUUACCGUUAUCACUGUUUGAAAGGGGCUAUUGACUUCUGCUGUCUCCAUUUGUAUCAAAAACACAGAUUUCAUUGCAAUUUAAAAUUGCGUCUUUGGAUAUCUUUUCUGCUAGAGAUACUGGUGUCCUAAAAACAACACAAAAAAACAUAAAUACAUUUUUUACAUAUACUAUAGGAAUGGUAUAGCAGAAAAUGUUGGCGGAUUUAAAACCUUGACUUUUUCAAACCCUACUAUACCUUGAAAAUGGUUAUCAUCCCAUGCCUACUCAUAUCAGAGUCGUAACAGAGUGGACAUGAUAAGUCCACAUUUCAACUUGUUUCUGAGGAAAAAAAACAGACGAUGAGUUCUCAAACACUAAACACAGCAUCCUGACUUUAAUGAGUGACAGAUGAAAAAAUCAAACGUCUGUCAUGGUAUGAAGAGCGGCAGAGCAUUGGCAUGGGCAACUGUGCCACAGUAAUAUUGAAAUUGAGGCAUAUGUUGGAAUAGCACAGAGAGCCAAAAAAGGGAUAGUUCACACAUAAAUUAAUUUACUCACCGAACCUUUUUUCUUUAGGACACUUUCAGAAAUAAUGAGACAUAAUCUGUCACUGGGGCGGUACCUUUUUAAAAGGUACAUUUUUGUUUCUAACUGGUCCUUAUAAGGUACAUAUUAAUACCUAAAACCACAAAUGUGUACCUCGAAGUAACUUAGAGGUACAAAAUUUAACCUUUAAAAUACAAAAGUCUACCCUGGAGGUACUAAUGUUCACCAGUAUGGUACAAAAAAUAUUUUGUACCAUUAUUUUUGAGAGUUUAGAAGAUUUUUAACCAAAUGUAUGGUCCAAAUUGAUUCAUAUAAUGGCAGUCAAUGGUUACCUUUUUUUUUAGAUUAAAAAUAAACACAUACAAACAGGUCCAAAUUAAUAAGCAUGGCUCCUGAUGACAAAACUAAGGUCUUACGAAAUCAAACAAUCAGUUAUGUACAAUAUUAUUAGCUUCCAGAGCCUGAGCAAACAGUGCAGUGCAAUGAUUUAGACUUGUUUGUAUUAGUUUAUUUUUAAUCAAAAAAUUGGAUGACCAUUGACUUGGCAUUAAACAAAGCACCGAGGACCACAGAUUCAGCUAAAAAUCUUCUUUAAUUUUUUCCUGAAGCAAAAAGUCACCUACAUCUUGGAUGAGUUCAUUUAUGUAAAUUUGUUUAAAUUACCUGGUAAUUUUUUUUUUUUUGCGGUAACAAUGCCUUUUAAGAUUAAUUUUUUUAUCGAUUUGUGCUUGGGCAACAUGAAGGAAUUAAGGUAAUUUAUUAGUUUUUUACACAUUUAAGUGGAUUGAACUUUAAAAAAAUUCACUCGAUCCAAAAAACUUAAGAACUGUGUUGUUUCAGCUUAUUUUUAGAUCAGUUGAACAAACAGCAAAUGUCAUUUUGAGAGUUCAGGUCUCAGUUUUCUGCCUGUGAUUGACACCAUGUGACACCAUGUUAAACUUGUCCCCUCUGUCCCAAAUUACUUGGAGUGUGUUGCAGCCAUCUUUAAACAAGGUUAAACACAGGUUAACGAGAAUUAACAGGUCAAAAUCGUAUUUAUUUUGUUUCAUUUUACAAAAUAUCCCAGCUAUUUCAGAGUUGAUGUUGUAGUUUAAGUAUUCA